UAAUCAAUAAUCUCUAGUAGAAGAGCCUAGUUACUACUACUCACUCUCCAUCAACUUUCCUCCAAAUAUAGCACUAAUGUUUGUUUUGAGAAACUACCUCUCUUCUUUUGUUCUCAGUUUGUUUAGAGGUGUGUUAAUUGGCCAGCCUUUCUGCGACAAAAAUGAAUCUUGAAAAUCUCCGAAGUACCAAGUAAAUCCCAUCGAUUUCUUCAACUUAGCUCCUAAGUUCCAAUGGUUAGAUUCGAUAAUGAGACAUCCUCCUCUUCCUCCUCCUCCUCCUCCUCCUCCUCCUCAUCAUCAUCAUCAUCAUUGGAAUCAUCUUCUUCAGUUUCUCGAGGGAAAUAUGAUGUUUUCUUGAGUUUCAGAGGUGAGGAUACCCGCAGGAAUUUCACGGAUCAUCUUUAUGCUGCAUUCAAAAGGAGAGGAAUCACCACUUUUAGGGAUGACGAAAAGCUCAAGACAGGUGAACCCAUAGCACCUGAGCUCUUCAAAGCAAUUCAUGAGUCAUGGUGCUCUGUAAUCGUUUUGUCGGAAGGGUAUUGUUUUUCGAGUUGGUGCCUAGAAGAGCUUUCCGAGAUUAUUCAACAGAAAAACGACAAGGGACAUAAUGUCUUCCCCAUUUUCUAUUAUGUGGAUCCAUCUGAUUUGAGAAAACAAACCGGAAAAGUUCUAGAAGCUUUUAUUAAGCAUGAAAAUAAUUUCCAGGACAACAAAGAGAAGACACAAAGGUGGCGAUCUGCUUUAACUCAAGUAGCUAACAUCAAAGGAUGGCACUUGAGUAACAGGCAUGAAUCAGAACUUAUUGGAGAAAUCAUUGAAAAGGUAUCAACAAAAUUAUGUCAAACAUUUGCAAGUGCUCCUAAUGACAUGAUUGGAAUUGAAUCACGUUUGGAAGAGUUAAAUUGCAAAAUAGGCAUAGGGGAGGAAGAUGAUAGUGUUCGGAUUAUAGGGAUUUGUGGUAUGGGCGGGUUAGGUAAAACAACUCUUGCAAGAUCUGUUUAUACCCAAAUUUCAAGUCAUUUUGAAGGCCAAAGCUUUCUGGCCGAUGUUCGUGAAGUUGCGGAGAAACAUGGACUUGUUUGUUUGCAGAAACAACUUCUUUCCCAAAUUUUUCCAGAGGAAAGUUUCAACUUUUUUAAUGUUCAUGAUGGGAAUGACAUCAUACGUCAUAUGUUAUCUCAUAAAAGGAUUUUUGUUGUUAUUGAUGAUGUCGAUAACAUACAACACUUAAAACGUUUAUUAGGCAAGCGAGCUUGGUUUGGUUUAGGAAGCAGGAUCAUCAUAACAACAAGAGACGAGCAUCUGCUGCAAAUCUACGGAGUGGAUGAUGUGUAUAAUCCGACGAAAUUGAAUGCCAAGGAAGCACUUCGCCUUUUCAGUUUGAAAGCUUUCAAAAGUGAAACACCUGCAAUGGAAUUUUUUGAGCUUUCUAAACGUGUAGUGGAAUAUGCCAAUGGCCUUCCGUUAGCUCUUGAAGUUUUUGGUUCUUUUCUGUCUGGCAGAUCAGAUGAAGCUCAAUGGAGAAGUGCUAUUGAAAGACUUAAAAAGAAGUCCAACAAAGAAAUUCUAGACAGGCUUCAAAUAAGCUUUGAUGGGUUAGGACAAUCGGAGAAAGAUAUAUUUUUAGAUAUUGCAUGCUUCUUCAAAGGAGAAGACAAAGAUAUGGUAACCAAAAUUCUCGAUGGUUGUGGCUUUUUCCCGGAUAUUGGAAUAGAUGUUCUCAUCAAGAAAUCUCUUGUAACAAUCGAUGAAGACAACAAAUUGUCGAUGCACGACUUGUUACAAGAGAUGGGAAGGAAAAUUGUUUACCAAGAAUCUCCUAAUGAACCUGGAAAACGUAGUAGAUUGUGGGACGAAAAGGAUACGAAUUAUGUGCUAAUAGAAAACACUGCAACGGAAGCUGUUCAAGGUCUAGUCAUCGAUUCUAUCAGGAAACAGAACACUUGGACUUUGAGUGCUGAUGCCUUUUUGACGAUCAACAGGCUAAGACUGCUCAGAGUCUUCAAUGUUCCGAAUUCUCGUGGUUUCAAAUAUCUUAGUAACGAGUUAAGGCUUUUAGAAUGGCAUGGAUAUCCUUUCAAAUCCUUCCCUUCAAGCUUCCAACCAGAGAACCUUGUUGCACUUCUUCUGCCUUAUAGCCGCAUUGAAAAGUUGUGGAAGCCAAACAUGCCUUUAUAUAAGUUAAAAUUGGUCGACCUCAAAGGCUCUAAAAACCUUGUGAAAACACCAGACUUCAGUAUGGCCCCAAAUCUUGAAAGUUUGAUUCUGGAAGGUACUGGAAUGGUAGAUUUUGAUCCUACCGUCAAGUUUCUAAGGAGGCUGAAGCUUUUGAAUUUAAGAAACUGCAAGAGACUUAGGAUUUUCCCAUCCAAAAUUGGGAAUGGAUCUCUAGAAACAUUAAUUCUUUCAGGUUGCUCAAAUAUAGAAAGGAUUCCAGAGAUUGUGGGGGAAAUGGAAUGUCUGAAAGAGCUUUGUUUGGAUGGGACUGGUAUUAAAGAACUUCCCUCUUCAAUUGGACAUCUCAGGCGUCUUAUGUUGCUAAAUUUGAAAGAUUGCAGUAAGCUUGAGAGUCUCCCAAGCAGCAUAGGUGGGUGUGAAUUCCUUAAAACUCUUAUUCUCUCAGGCUGCUCUAAACUUAAAAAUUUUCCAGAGAGUUUGCAACAACUAGAAUCUUUGGAAGAGCUUAACCUAAGUGAGACUGCCAUAACGACACCACCAUCCUUCAUUUUUCAUAUGAAAAAUCUCAAGUUUCUUUCUCUACAAGGAUGCAAGGGACCACCAUAUAGAGUACGAUCACGUUGGCGUUUUAUUUCUAGGCCCACACAAAGACUUAGUUCGAACUCUAUGACCUUGACGCUACCUGCUAUUUUGUCUGGUUUGAGUUCUUUGAAGGAGCUGAAUUUAGAUGACUGCAACCUUUAUGAUGGGGCUAUUCCUGAUGACAUUAUCAGGUUGUCCUCAUUAGAAGCACUACGACUUUCUGAUAACAAUUUCAGGACCUUGCCUACUACCCUUGGUGGACUUUCCAAGCUUACUUCUCUAGUACUGAAUAACUGCAAAAGGCUUAAAUCAUUGCCCGAGCUACCAGCAAGCAUAAAAUUAUGGUUAGAUGGUUGUGGUUCACUGGAAGCAGUUGCAAAUUCGACUACAGCUUUCAAUUCACGGGUUGAUGGAUAUAUUUGUGCUUUUAACUGCUUCAAAUUGGCAGAGGGUAACGAUGCUGUAGCAAUGCUGAAAAGAUGUAUUCAGGCUAGUGUUUUUGUUUUUAUUUUUCUCUUAUCACUCCCAUUGAUUUAUUUACUUAAUAUUUUUAUCUAUAGCUCCCAAGAAGUUAUGGUUCUAAAAAUACUAAUUAUCAUUUGCUGUGUUUCGUAGGAAGGUGCAAAGGUAAGAACGACAAAUUAUGACAUUAUAAUACUGGGAAGUGAAAUCCCAAAAUGGUUUACUAAUCAGACGGAUGACCCUUCGGAUUCAAUAAUAAAGAUACAAUUUGUUGAAAGCUGGACUGCAAUGCAACA